AUGGCGACUGAACGCUCGCUAGCAACGCUGCUGCGGUCGCUACAAACGGCCUCGGAGCCGGAGGAUGCAUAUGCCUUGCUACCGACCGCAACCAGCUUCCUCGCAGUGCUUACCAAUCCAUUGAACGUGACGCUGCUUUCCUCGCAAAUCCUGGCAUCGCCAGCGAUAUGGGAUCACCAGAUUGACUUGCACACCUGCCGACGAAUCUUGAGUGUAUUCAAUACCGCCGCCAUCGGCAUCAUACAAAACGAGGCUGCCGACGAACCACGCGCCCCCUACGCCCGACGAGGACUGGAUCGAGAAGCAUGGCUAAAGGCUGUUGUGGAUGGGGCGGACGAUAAAUCUCCUCGAUGGCGACAUCUUAUCCUUCUGGCUGGCGUUUUGCUUGGAUUUGAGGGGCAAAACAGACAAGGGCUGCCGCGUAACCUUCGAUAUAAGCUGGAGUCGGCGCUUGCCCAAGCCACGCAGCUUGCGCUCCAGGAAGAUGCUUAUCUGGAUGGAAUUGCGGGGUGCUGUAUUACAAUGGUCCUAAACUAUACCUUUGAGCACUUAUCCGACCAGAAUCGCAGUCGCAUUGAUUACGAUCGCUUACUACCGUUGAUGCUCAGCUCGACAUUCUCUUCAAGCGAAGGCCUCGACAAAGCCUACUUUGUGGGAACGGCAGAUCGUGAUAUUGUUGAAGGGAACACAAAAAAGUUUGGGUGGUCGCCCGAGUCGAUGACCUACCAACACGUGAAGGACAUAACUGCGCGGCCUUUGGUCGCAUCGCUAGGACCCCUCUCACGGCUCAUCGCACAUGCCAUGGAGAAUGUUACCGACCCUAACAUCGUGGCGGAUGGUAUGAGCUUUAUCAACGAUUUUGCGCGAACUUUAUUAGCCCAAUGGCGACAGAACAAGCUGUCAGAAGUGGAUCCAUCAGAGGAGACCGAGUUCCUCAAUGCCGAGUCACUAAAGUCGACUAUACCAGAUCUCUGGCGUCUACUUCGAUCAUCCAUGUUCUCAAUAGUCAUAAUUCUACGAGCGGUGCUUGGCAGAAUGCUAAACGACCGUGUGCUCGCUGCUGGCAGUGUGGCACCUUUUAUUGCAGUGCAAUCAUUACAUAUUCUUCGUAAUCUUUACUUUAUCACCUCACGCGCUGGGCAGAAUUCCUCUUCACAGUACUCUUUUGUUAAUCUCGUCGCUAUCGAUAUCCUUGCACAAUAUCCAGACCUGGCCGAGAACUUUCUACGAACCAUCAAACCCAUUGAGCUGGGCCAUAUUCCCGACCACCCAUUAGAACGAUCUCUUGAUUUGUUCUUUUUAAAUACGGCUGAACACUUUGCGCUCACUCUCCCUCCGCAAACAAACGAAGAGCUUGUCAUCUCAGCUGCCACACCAUACUUAGCAGCUGGAGGGAAUAAUCAUUUAUUGGAAAUUUUUGAAGCGGCACACAGCGUGGUGCUCGCUGUCUUUUCAGCUCCACAGAAUGCCGAUGUGACUGCCAAACACCUACCCUUUUAUGUCGAUAAUCUUUUCACGGUAUACCCACAAAACCUCUCCGUUCGCCAAUUCCGGCUCGCAUUCAGAUCUGUGGUGCAAAUAGCAGCGCCUCCCUCGCCAUUAGCCAGCAGCCAGCCUCUCCUGGCACCUACCUUGUUGGAACUUGCUCACGAGCGUGCCCUUCAAGCAUCAUCCACAAUCCUACCACCAUCCACGCAGUCCUCUGAAGAAAACGCGUUGGAAUCACCACCUUCACACUCUGAGAGAUCAGGCAUUAUCCUCGCCAUAAUCGACUCCCUCCCUUUCCUCCGCGUCGAAGACCUCGAGGAAUUCCUCCCGCUGACUGCACGCCUCAUCAAUAGCACUGUUGAAGAACCAGAGGAUAUCCGCGCCACCUGCAUCGAACGCUUUUGGGACGUUUUGAGUGGCGGCGAAAUGGACGUCGAUCGCGCCAAUUUUUGCGUUACAUGGUGGUGCACGCGAGGCGGAAGGGAGCUUUUGCUGUUUGGCGAACAUCAUCAACAGCAGGCACAGCAUCGGCCUGUUUCUGAAGAACCGCUAAUGAGCGGGGCAGUGGUUGAUUUGUCUCGUGAGAGCAAGUUAUGA